CAUGUGCAAUGAGUUCUCACAGAUAUUUCAACUGUGUCAGUUUGUGAUGGAAAAUUCUCAAAAUGCUCCACUUGUACAUGCAACCUUAGAAACACUGCUGAGGUUUCUGAACUGGAUUCCCCUGGGAUAUAUUUUUGAGACAAAGUUAAUCAGCACAUUAAUUUAUAAGUUCCUGAAUGUUCCAAUGUUUCGAAAUGUCUCUCUAAAGUGCCUCACUGAGAUUGCAGGUGUGAGUGUAAGCCAAUAUGAAGAACAAUUUGUAACACUAUUUACACUGACAAUGAUGCAGCUAAAACAGAUGCUUCCUUUAAAUACUAACAUUCGACUUGCGUACUCAAAUGGAAAAGAUGAUGAACAGAACUUUAUUCAAAAUCUCAGUUUAUUUCUCUGCACCUUUCUUAAGGAACAUGGUCAACUUAUAGAAAAAAGACUAAAUCUCAGGGAAACGCUCAUGGAGGCCCUUCAUUAUAUGUUGUUGGUAUCUGAAGUGGAAGAAACUGAAAUCUUUAAGAUUUGUCUUGAGUACUGGAAUCAUUUGGCAGCUGAACUCUACAGAGAGAGCCCAUUUUCUACAUCUGCUUCUCCAUUGCUAUCUGGAAGUCAACAUUUUGAUGUCCCUCCCAGGAGACAGCUAUAUUUGCCUGUAUUAUCAAAGGUCCGUUUGUUGAUGGUUAGUCGAAUGGCUAAACCAGAGGAAGUACUGGUUGUAGAAAAUGAUCAGGGAGAAGUUGUUCGAGAAUUCAUGAAGGAUACAGAUUCCAUAAAUUUGUAUAAGAAUAUGAGAGAAACAUUAGUUUAUCUUACUCAUCUGGAUUAUAUAGAUACAGAAAGAAUAAUGACUGAGAAACUUCACAAUCAGGUGAAUGGUACAGAAUGGUCAUGGAAAAAUUUGAAUACAUUGUGUUGGGCAAUAGGCUCCAUUAGUGGAGCAAUGCAUGAGGAGGAUGAAAAACGAUUUCUGGUUACUGUUAUAAAGGAUCUAUUAGGAUUAUGUGAACAGAAAAGAGGAAAAGAUAAUAAAGCCAUUAUUGCAUCAAAUAUCAUGUACAUAGUAGGUCAAUAUCCAAGAUUUUUGAGAGCUCACUGGAAAUUUCUGAAGACAGUAGUUAAUAAGCUGUUUGAAUUCAUGCAUGAGACCCAUGAUGGAGUCCAGGACAUGGCUUGUGAUACUUUCAUUAAAAUAGCUCAAAAAUGUCGUAGGCAUUUUGUUCAGGUUCAAGUGGGAGAAGUAAUGCCCUUUAUUGAUGAAAUUUUAAACAACAUCAACACUAUUAUUUGUGAUCUUCAGCCACAGCAGGUUCAUACAUUUUAUGAAGCCGUUGGAUACAUGAUUGGUGCUCAAACAGACCAAACAGUCCAAGAGCAUUUGAUAGAAAAAUACAUGCUACUCCCUAAUCAAGUGUGGGAUAGUAUAAUCCAGCAGGCAACCAAAAAUGUGGAUAUACUAAAAGAUCCUGAAACAGUCAAGCAGCUUGGUAGUAUAUUAAAAACAAAUGUGAGAGCCUGCAAAGCUGUUGGGCAUCCCUUUGUAAUUCAGCUUGGAAGAAUUUAUUUAGAUAUGCUUAAUGUAUACAAGUGCCUCAGUGAAAAUAUUUCUGCAGCUAUCCAAGCUAAUGGUGAAAUGGUUACAAAGCAACCAUUGAUUAGAAGUAUGCGAACAGUAAAAAGGGAAACUUUAAAAUUAAUAUCAGGUUGGGUGAGCCGGUCCAAUGAUCCACAGAUGGUAGCUGAGAAUUUUGUUCCUCCUCUUUUGGAUGCAGUUCUCAUUGAUUAUCAGAGAAAUGUUCCCGCUGCUAGAGAACCAGAAGUGCUUAGUACUAUGGCAAUUAUUGUCAACAAGUUAGGGGGACAUAUAACAGCUGAAAUACCUCAAAUAUUUGAUGCUGUAUUUGAAUGCACAUUGAAUAUGAUAAAUAAGGAUUUUGAAGAAUAUCCUGAACACAGAACGAACUUUUUCUUACUACUUCAGGCUGUCAAUUCUCACUGUUUCCCAGCAUUCCUAGCUAUUCCACCUGCACAGUUUAAACUUGUUUUGGAUUCCAUUAUUUGGGCCUUCAAACAUACUAUGAGGAAUGUUGCAGAUACAGGCUUACAGAUACUUUACACACUCUUACAAAAUGUUGCACAAGAAGAAGCUGCAGCUCAGAGUUUCUAUCAAACUUACUUCUGUGAUAUUCUUCAGCAUAUCUUUUCUGUCGUGACGGACACCUCUCAUACUGCUGGUUUAACAAUGCAUGCAUCAAUUCUUGCAUAUAUGUUUAAUUUGGUUGAAGAAGGAAAAAUAAGUACACCGCUAAAUCCUGGAAAUCCAGUUAACAACCAAAUGUUUAUUCAGGAAUAUGUGGCAAAUCUCCUUAAGUCUGCAUUCCCUCAUCUACAAGAUGCUCAAGUAAAGCUCUUUGUGACAGGGCUCUUUAGCUUGAAUCAGGAUAUUCCUGCUUUCAAGGAACAUCUACGAGAUUUCUUAGUACAAAUAAAGGAGUUUGCAGGUGAAGACACUUCUGAUCUCUUUUUGGAAGAAAGAGAAACAGCCCUUCGACAGGCUCAGGAAGAGAAGCAUAAACUUCAAAUGUCUGUUCCUGGCAUCCUUAAUCCACAUGAAAUUCCAGAAGAAAUGUGUGAUUAAAAUCUGAAGUCAUGCUGGUUAUUUUACUCUGCGACACUUAUUUCCAAGUUUGCAAAAGAAAACAGCGUCUGGAUAUUUGUCGACCAAAAUGAUGCCAAUUUGUAAAUUAAAAUGUCACCUAGUGGCCCUUUUUCUUAUGUGUUUUUUGUAUAAGAAAUUUUCUGUGAAAUAUCCUUCCAUUGUUUAAGCUUUUUGUUUUGGUCAUCUUAUUUAGUUUGCAUGAAGUUGAAAAUUAAGGCAUUUUUUAAAAACUUUUACUUCAUGCCCAUUUUGUGGCAGGGCUGGGGGGAGAGGCAAAUUCGAUUUGAACAUAUAUACUUGUAAAUUCUAAUGCAAAAUUAUACAAUUUUUCUUGUACACAAUACCAAUUUUAAUUAGGGAGUAUUUUCUUUCUAGCCUGGAUUUCAGUCUAGAAGAAAAGGUAAUGAGUAAAACAAAUUGCGUUGUUAAAAGGAUUAUAGUGCUGCAUUGUCUAAAGUUGGCACAUCUUGGACUGAAUCGUCUGUCUAGACCACAUGUAUUUCAAGUCUGUAUGGCAAGUUUGCAGCAAGAUCAUGUGCAUAUCAUCCCAUUGUAAAGCGACUUCAAAAGAUAUGGGAACACAAGUUAGUUAUUUUUACACAGUUCUUUUUGUUUUUGUGUGUGUGUGCUGUCGCUUGUCGACAACAGCUUUUUGUUUUCCUCAAUGAGGAGUGUUGCUCAUUUGUGAGCCUUCAUUAACUCAAAGUGAAAUGGUUAAAAAUAUUUAUCCUGUUAGAAUAGGCUGCAUCUUUUUAACAACUCAUUAAAAAACAAAACAAAAACUCUGGCUUUUGAGAUGACUUAUACUAAUUUACAUUGUUUACCAAGCUGUAGUGCUUUAAGAACACUACUUAAAAAGCAAAAUAAACUUGGUUUACAUUUA